AGCGGUAAUUUCGAUAUUUUCUUCCUUGUCAAUGAUAAACGGAAAGUGAGAGUUUGAGGAUGGGGGAUCCUAUCGACUGUGGGUAUCAGUUAAGGCGAAUAGGUCCCCCAAAGUCUCUAGAAGAUGUCCAGGAUAUCAUGAGGCUCAGCUACGGAUGUGCGAGGUUUGGGAGGAGUUACCUAAACGGGGGACCAAACGAAUUUUUCCUGGAUUCCUCCAAAAUGAAAAACUUCAUCUCAAGACGGCAUGCUGAAAUCUAUGUCAAAGCAGAUGGUGAAUGUGUUCUGGUGGACCUAGGACUGAACGGAACCUUUGUUAAUGAUAUACGGGUAGAUGGGAAGUGUUCGUUACACCUGGAUGACAGAGUCACUUUUGGACAUAUCAGAGGAAUGAGCAUCAAACCUGGAUCUUUUGCACCUGAGCCCAAUUCUGAAUUCCAGUUUAUUUUUGAAAGGAGUAAACCAUGUAGCAAGUCUGUCAAGUCUGUUGACAUUGGUGAAGAAGACAGUCUGUGUAAGAUCGAGCUGAAGUUUGAACACCCAGACAAAUGUGACGAUAUUCCUGGACGAUCAGAGUGCAUCGUCAAUGAUAAGUUUGCCUCCAGGAGAGACAGCUAUGACAAACAAGUGCCAUUUUGUGAACCAGGAAAUCAAACUGCCUCGCCUACGGUUUUGCUCAGGACCCCAGUGGAAGACAGUUCAGUGGAAAACAUCCCAGUUCAGCUUGCUUCAUCAGCAAGUAAAGAUGACUCGGUCAUUGUGUUGGAUAUUUCAGAUGACUCUGAUUCAGAUAAGGAUGACCGUCCGCACAGCCAGAGCCUGGCGCCUAUUGAGAGAAAUGACAGUGGGCAUCCAUCAUGUGGCAGUGACACAGACCAACAGGCAUAUGUUGUCCUGACCUCAUCAUGUGACUUAGCCAUAGCUGACCCACCAAUCAGUGCUCAGGAUUCUAAUUUGCUCAGUGGAUCCACAUCAGUGAUAAACCAAGAGAGGUCUAGCAGUCCUAUUAUUCCUGAUAUGUCCAACGGAUCACAGACGCCCAUUCUGUAUGGAAAACAGGUGAUUGCUGGAUGCAAAAUUCAGCUGACUUUUCCAGGGGCUGCCUCUCCUGAACACCUUCAAGGUUGUUCCACAAGCCCAAGACUUCCUGGUGAUGCUGGUUUUGUGUCCUGCAGUGCUAGUGAAGAUGGUGAUGAUGAUUCUGUAGAUGGUAAUUUAUCCCUCAACAUGGCUUCAGUAUCGCAAAAACCACACAAAAGGAACUGCCAAAGGAGAGGAAGGAGGAAAAAGAGAUUCAAAAAAAGCACAGAUAAUGAAGAUGAAGUGCAGUUGUAUGAGGUCGCCACUUGUGCAUCUCUUGAUUGCCAAAAACCCAAUUCCAGUAAAAUAGGUUGGGUGCAGUGUGAUAGCUGUGACCAAUGGUAUCACACAACCUGUGUUGGCUGUACUUACAAACAGGUCCGAGACAAAGACAUUGAGUUUCACUGUGGAUGUGUAUGAAGGAAUCACACUAAUACUGUGUUGGCUGUACAUGUACUGAUGAACAGGUCCCAGACAAAGACAUUGAUUUUCACUGUGGAUGUGUAUGAAGGCAUUACACAAAUACUGUACUGGCUGUACAAGUACUGAUAAACAGGUCCCAGACAAAGACAUUGAUUUUCACUGUGGAUGUGUAUGAAGGAAUCACACUAAUACUGUGUUGGCUGUACAUGUACUGAUAAACAGGUCCCAGACAAAGACAUUGAUUUUCACUGUGGAUGUGUAUGAAGGAAUCACACUAAUACUGUGUUGGCUGUACAUGUACUGAUAAACAGGUUCGAGACAAAGACAUUGAGUUUCACUGUGGAUGUGUAUGAAGGAAUCACACUAAUACUGUGUUGGCUGUACAUGUGCUGAUAAACAGGUCCCAGACAAAGACAUUGAGUUUCACUGUGGAUGUGUAUGAGGGAAUCACACAAAUACUGUACUGGCUGUCAUACUGAUAAACAGGUCCCAGACAAAGACAUUGAUUUUCACUGUGGAUGUGUAUGAAGGAAUCACACUAAUACUGUGUUGGCUGUACAUGUGCUGAUAAACAGGUCCCAGACAAAGACAUUGAGUUUCACUGUGGAUGUGUAUGAAGGAAUCACACUAAUACUGUGUUGGCUGUACAUGUACUGAUAAACAGGUCCCAGACAAAGACAUUGAUUUUCACUGUGGAUGUGUAUGAAGGAAUCACACUAAUACUGUGUUGGCUGUACAUGUACUGAUGAACAGGUCCCAGACAAAGACAUUGAGUUUCACUGUGGAUGUGUAUGAAGGAAUCACACUAAUACUGUGUUGGCUGUACAUGUACUGAUGAACAGGUCCCAGACAAAGACAUUGAGUUUCACUGUGGAUGUGUAUGAAGGAAUCACACUAAUACUGUGUUGGCUGUACAUGUACUGAUGAACAGGUCCCAGACAAAGACAUUGAGUUUCACUGUGGAUGUGUAUGAAGGAAUCACACUAAUACUGUGUUGGCUGUAUAUGUACUGGUAAACAGGCCCCAGACAAAGACAUUGAGUUUCACUGUGGAUGUGUAUGAAGGAAUCACACUAAUACUGCGUUGGCUGUACAUGUGCUGAUAAACAGGUUCGAGACAAAGACAUUGAGUUUCACUGUGGAUGUGUAUGAAGGAAUCACACUAAUACUGUGUUGGUUGUAUAUGUACUGAUAGGUUCCAGACAAAGACAUUGAGUUUCAUUGUGAAUGUGUUAUGCUAAUGCACUGUUGGAUGUUACUGUAUACAAGUCAGAGACAGAGACAUUGACUUUCACUGUUGGCAGCAUAGUUUGAAAGGUUGAAAAAAAAAAGACAUGUAGUCAGUUGUACUGCAAAUGAAUACAUGUCCUGUUUAACUGUAUGAGUGUGUCUUGAUAUUUGGUUAGCCGUCCAUGAGAAAUGAAAAAAGCCAGGGUGUAUAAUUUUGUACUGUUAUUCUUUGUAUUGUCUCUGAACAGUCUUACGUUUGUACAGACUAAAAUACAGUUGUAUAUUGAUACUGCCAGUGUCUUAUUUUGUAUUCUGAUUUUUACAGUAUUCUGUUCAUUUCAUAUUAAAAGUGGUACCAUGUGUAAUGUCUUGUGUACAUCUUUGUAAUCUGUCUGUCUUAUGGUACAUGUACAUGAGUGUGUGUGUGCACAUGUACAGCUAUGAUUUGUGUAUUAUCACUUGUCAGGACUGAAAUCCUGUUCAUCGUCUUUUAUAAAACACUUCAGAAUCUUGUCAGUGUGUGAGAAUGUGUUGAUUCUUCAGACUGCAGUUUCAUAGGCAUUUUUUUGAAGGAAAAAGUGAAAUGAAAUUACAUAGAUGUGGUCACUCAAUAAUGACCUGGUCAUCAGGAAGAUAAGAAUUCAUUGAGAAAAUAACUUAUUUAUAUUUAUUCCUUCUUCCGCUUAUCUAAAGCAGUUAAAUAACUUUUUUCAAGAAAUUUACUUGGCCAAUUUAACAAUUUAAAGCCCUGAAUUAUUUUUAUCAGAUAUUUUAGUUACUUUUGUGAUGUACCGGGUUGCUCUCUGUAAAAGAACACAACUAA